AUGUCAGACGACGGCGGCGGUGGUGACGGCAGUAGCGAUUUCAGCAGCGACGACGAUGGCAUCUUUGGCAUCGCCAACAGCCGCUCGCUGGACGAGGUACAGCCGCUGCCGCUCAUACGAAAUCCCGAGGAUGCCGAGAAACUCGAGGAAUUCCAGAAGCUGCUGCGAUCGAUGAUGGACUCGAGAGCCGGUUCGCUCGAGGAUGACGAGCCCCUGGCAAUACCACCGCGACCACCGCCGGCGACGGCCUCCAGCCCGGAGCAGAGCCAGGCCGCCGCAGCUGCAGCAGCCGAGGCCGCGGCCAACAGCGCGAACAACAUGGAAUCGGCACCGGGCGAUCAGAGGCUCGACUAUCUCGGCGCGAUCGUUCAGAAGUCCCUGAAACUCAAGCCGGAAAAAUGGGGCCGCCUACUCAUGACCGAGGAGUAUCGGAAUUUCGUCUUCGAUUUUCUCGACAACGCCGUUCCGGCUGCGCUCUUCGUCGUGCUCACUCCGAACGCUCAGCUGGUGCCGUCCUGCGGCUUUCCCAUACCCUGUCAGAGGACCAAAGGUGUUUACGCGAUAAAGAUGCGCAUCGCGCCGAUUCCCAAAGACAAGGAGGCCUGCGCGUCGAUGCUACUGACCGGAGACUUGUCGCAUCGGGUGGUCGACGAGCUCGCCACCAUAGUCGAUAACAUAUUCGCGCCGUUGCUCUGCAAAGUGGAAAAUCAUCGCGACUUGCCGACCGUCGCUGUGCAAGACAUUUCUAGACACGUACAUUCCUUGCGCGGUACUCUUUAUCAGGUAAAGGGUCAAGUGAACGGCAGAACGGUUUUACCGAUGCCCGCGGGCUUGGAAAAAGUCUCCGAAGUCGAGCGAACGAUAAUCGAGGAGGGACCGGAGGCCGCCGAUCUCUACCUGAAAAGUGCCAUCGAGGGCGUCGUCAUCAAGUGGGCCUAUCUGGUCAACGACGUGGUCACGCACGAGUCGAGCGCCGCCUUCGAAAACGGCCAGAAUCCGACUCCCUACGUCGAGCUCGAUUAUUGGUCGACCAGACUCGCCAACUUGAGGUACAUUUUCGAGCAGCUUCGCGAGGACAGAGUUCGCAAGAUGGCGGUGAUACUGGAGAAGACCGACAGCGCUUACUAUCCGUGCUUCAAGACCUUGUUCUCCAACGUCGUGUCCUCGCUGACCGAAGCCAAAGAGAUAUCUUUGUACUUGUCUCCGCUCGGUAAGGUUUUCAAGCAGGUGGAAGAAAUCGAUUUCGCCGAGGCCAAACCCAUCAUGGCCAGUUUGAUACACAUGAUCGGUUUGGCUUGGUCCAAUUCUCGAUACUACCAGAGCUCGUCCAAACUGAUAAUCAUGCUGAGAAUGGUCUCGAAUUUGCUCAUCCAGGAGGCCAGGAGUUUUCUCGACCCCUCGCUGAUUUUUCAGAGCGACGUCGACGAAGCACAGCAACGCGUCCAAAUUUCCAAAGACGUACUGGAAGAAUUCAAGCGUCAAUUCGAUUUGCACAAGAACAAACCCGGCCUGAGGGACGACGUGCCCGUGUGGACGUUCAAUCCGAGCGCCGUGUUCGGUCGGCUCAACGCCUUCCUCAAGCGGCUGAACGACAUCGAGUGGCUGUUCGACACGAUGCUCGAGUUCUCGAAAUUGGAAAAGAUCGAGCUCGGCGGUACGCAGGGUCGCUCGCUCAGCACGCGCAUAAUGGGCGUCUUCAAGGAGUUCCAGCAGCUGUUCACGGCCUUCACGUCGCGCUCGACCGACGUGCUCGAGCCCGACGACCAGUCCUUCAUCCAGGAUUGCCGAAAGUUCGCCGCUUCCAUCGUCGAUCUCGACAGCAAGAUGGCCGCCAUACUCUGUCAAGCCUUCGACGACUGCAACAAUCUCGAGAGUGCGUUCAAGCUGAUCAAUAUAGCCGGUAGCGUACUCGACCGUCCAGUCAUUCGGGACCAAUUCACCAAACGCUACGGUCGCAUCGUCGAGCUGCUCAAGGCCGAGAUGAGCGUCGUGGAGAAUCUGUUCGAUCGGGGCUCGCUGAAUCUCAUGACGGAUUUGCCGCCUCUCGCCGGUGCUCUUCAGUACACGAGUAUGCUGAAGCAACGUAUCGAUCUGCCCGUGCAGGCUUUCAAGUCGUUGCAACAUCCAGUUGCCGAGAGCGACGAGGGAAAAUGCAUUUUGCAGCGCUAUGAGACGCUUUACGCUAGGCUCAACGACAAGCAAAGGGUACUAUUUAUGGAGUGGGUCAAGGCAGUUCCUACGUACGUCGACGUUGGCUUGAACAUGCCUCUGCUGAAAAAGGAUCAAGUGUCUUUGCUCACGUUGAACUUCGAUCAGGAGCUAUUCGCUAUUUUGAAAGAGGUCAAUUACCUUAAACAAAUGUGUCACGAUAACAUUCCAAAGGAAGCUUUAGACGUCGCCGAAAUGUCCGAAACUUUCCGCAAAUUCAGAACACUUCUGACUGGUACUGUGACAUCUUACAAUGAUAUUCGACGUACGUGCCGUAGAGUCGAAUUCAAUCUGAUAGAGAAGGAAAUAGCUCGGAUCGACACGCUCAUCGAGCGCGGCCAGAAUGAGUUACGUUGGAACUCCGAGGGUUUGCUCGACUACAUGACGGAACUCAACGGUUUGGUCCAAGAUCUUUACUGCCGGGUCAAGCUGACCCAAGCGAAUGUCGAGAAGAUCCGCAACAUUAUCGAGCCUUGGACAAAAGUGCCGCUCAUCGAACGAAAAGAUCGUCGUAAACAUGCCCUGCUGUCGAUCGAGGACCGAGCCGAAAAGGUCGCCAAGAGGUACGCGGAAAUUCGUAAGGCGGCCGAGCAUAUAGAGCUCCUGUUAGCGGAAAACAAGAAACUCUUCGAGAUCAAGGACGAUGAAGACGAAUCCUGGCGAGCCUACGUCAAAUACGUCGACAAGAUCGUCGUCGAGUGUCUGCGCAAGUCCGUCGGUUGCUCGCUUGGCUAUCUCGCUGAAAAUAUGGACCCUACCUCCAAGAACGAGCCACUGCUUGAGGCGCGUCUGGAACUCAGGGAGCCGGACUUAUUUUUUAUCCCGUCGCUGGAACCUGACGAUCCCGAUGGUUUGGAUCAAUUGCUGAGCAGUCUCUUAGACGAUAUCAUAGGAAUGGCAAGACUGUUGCCGAGGCUUAAAGCUGACGAGGAUUCUUAUGCCGAUGAAUUGGAAAAAGAUGAAGAUAUCAACGGAAUGAAAACAGAAAUACUUACAGCUGUUGCCAAAGCUGUUGAAGAGGCCUCUGAUUUUUGUGGAGUUUUCGAAGGAUAUUCAUAUUUAUGGUUGGAAGAUAGAGAAGUAACCAUGCACCAAUUUCUCGAUUACAGUAGGCAAUUGACCAUGGAAGAAAUCGAAAUGAUAACAGCAUUUGAUCCCAAGGCCCCAUCAAAAAAUCCUCCGAAAAUGGAGCAGUUUCGCGAACAAAUAGAUCUUUACGAGAGUCUUUAUACCGAAGUUGAAGAAAUUAGCUCAUCUAAAAUAUUUUGUGUUUGGUUUCGUGUCGAUUUAAGACCAUUCCAACAAUCACUACUGAAUACCAUUUGUAAGUGGUCGAGUAUGUUCAAAAAAUACUUGGUAGAACGAGUGACGAGCAGCCUAUCGGAUCUUGGAGCUUUCAUCAGGUUGGCUGAUGAAGGUUUACUUCAACAAGUACAACCCGGUGACUAUACAGGUUUAGUGAGCAUAAUGGGAUUUUUAAUGCAAGUAAAAGAAAGACAACCAAUUACCGACGAAAUGUUUCAACCUUUACAAGAAACGAUCGAACUUUUGAAGUUUUAUGACCAAGAUAUUCCGGAAGAAGUUAAUGUCCUUUUGCAGGAGCUUCCAGAUCAAUGGCUGAAUACUAAAAAGUUAGCCUUGACAGUAAAACAACAAGUAGCCCCACUACAAGCAGGUGAAGUCGCCAGAAUUCGUGCUCGAAUAUCUGCGUUCGAUACGACAAUCAUUCAAUAUCGUGAAGCCUUUAGGCGCUAUGGAUUUUUCAAGUACGACUGCGAGGAUCCUUACGCACAACUCGAUGAGGCGCAUAAAGAAAUUACUCUGUUAGAAACCCAAAUGCGUGAUAUACAAGAAUCGGCCUCCCUAUUCGAGGUCCUCGUCCCCGAAUUUAAACAGCUGAAGCAGUGCAGAAAAGAACUCAAGAUGCUCAAGCAGUUGUGGGAUUACGUGAAUAUCGUGAGGAGUAGCAUCGAGGGUUGGAAAACUACGCCAUGGAAAAAGAUCGACGUCGAGAAUAUGGACAUCGAGAGUAAAAAAUUUGCCAAAGAAAUAAGAGGUUUGGAUAAGGAAAUGCGACCUUGGGAUACGUACAUAAUGCUUGAAGCUACCGUGAAGAAUAUCCUUACGUCGCUGAGAGCUGUUGGCGAGUUGCAGAAUCCAGCAAUUCGAGAAAGACACUGGUUGCAAUUGAUGAAGAGCACGAAGGUUGAGUUCGUGAUGGAUGAUGCAACUACAUUGGCUGAUUUGUUGGAACUAAAUUUACAUGAUUGCGAAGAAGAAGUCAAAAAUAUUGUUGAUAAAGCUGUCAAAGAAAUGUCAAUGGAAAAAUAUCUUAGAGAACUAAAUGUGACAUGGUCUGGAAUGGAGUUUGAAAAAGAAGUUCAUCAACGAACUGGGGCAACAUUACUUCGAGCCAGUGAAGAAUUAAUCGAGAGUCUUGAAGAAAAUCAGGUUCAAUUACAAAAUUUAAUAACGUCGAAGUUUAUAGCCCAUUUUUUGGACGAAGUUUCUUGCUGGCAAAAAAAGUUAAGCAUAGCUGACCAAGUAACGACGAUUUGGUUUGAAGUGCAACGCACUUGGACUCAUUUAGAAAGUAUAUUCAUGUCCUCGGAGGACAUUCGAAAGCAGCUUCCAGUUGACGCCGAGAGAUUCGAUCGCAUCGAUCAGCAAUUCAAGCAUAUGACUCAUGAAAUGGCAAAAACUCCGAACGUUGUCGAAGCUACAAACAAAGAAGGUUUGGUUGGUACUUUAGAUAUUUUGCAGAAAGAGUUAGUUCUAUGUGAAAAAGCUUUGGCAGAGUAUUUAGAAACGAAAAGAUUAGCGUUUCCGAGAUUUUAUUUCGUUUCAUCUAGCGAUCUGCUGGAUGUACUUUCGAAUGGUAAUCAACCCGAAAUUGUAGCUAAACACUUGAUAAAAUUAUUUGACUCAAUGGCAAGACUUCGCUUUCACGAGGAUAAUACCAAGCCUGAAAAGAUAGUUGGUAUGUUUGCCAAAGACGGGGAAUACGUUGAAUUUACAAAUUUUGAAAUGGUCUGUGAGGGUGCAGUUGAAGUCUGGCUCAAUAGGUUGCAAAACGCUAUGCGAGUAUCCAUCCGCCAUUACUUUCAAGACGCCGUAAUAGCGUACGAGGAUAAGCCCCGAGAACAGUGGUUGUUCGAUUAUCCAGCUCAAAUUUCACUUUGCGGAACUCAAGUUUGGUGGACGACUGAGCUGAACGCCGCUUUUGCCAGACUCGAGGAAGGUUACGAUAACGCCUUGAAAGAUUACUUGAAAAAGCAGAUAUCCCAACUGAGCACACUCAUAACAUUAUUACUCGGAGAGCUUAACAAAGGAGAUCGGCAGAAGAUCAUGACGAUUUGUACGAUUGAUGUUCAUUCUCGAGAUGUUGUAGCUAAACUGGUACAGUCUAAAGUAGAGACGGCUCAGGCUUUUCAAUGGCAGAGUCAACUCAGACAUAGAUGGGAUGAAAAAGAGAAAGAUUGUUUUGCCAAUAUUUGUGAUGCUCAGUUCAGGUAUUCUCACGAAUAUUUGGGUAAUACUCCAAGAUUAGUAAUAACUCCUUUGACCGAUAGAUGUUACAUAACGUUAACCCAAUCACUUCAUCUCGUCAUGGGCGGUGGCCCAGCGGGACCAGCUGGUACUGGUAAAACUGAAACGACCAAAGAUUUAGGACGUGCUCUUGGCAUAAUGGUGUAUGUAUUCAAUUGUUCCGAACAAAUGGAUUAUAAAUCUUGCGGCAAUAUUUACAAAGGCCUUGCUCAAACGGGUGCUUGGGGUUGUUUUGAUGAGUUCAACAGAAUAUCCGUGGAAGUAUUAUCGGUAGUAGCCGUUCAAGUGAAAUCCGUUCAAGAUGCCAUAAAAGAUAAAAAGACUAUCUUUAAUUUUAUGGGAGAUAUGAUAAAGUUGACUCCAUCGGUUGGAAUUUUUAUCACAAUGAACCCCGGAUACGCCGGUAGAACUGAACUUCCGGAAAACUUAAAAGCUCUUUUUAGGCCUUGUGCUAUGGUAGUACCCGAUUUUGAGCUAAUCUGCGAAAUCAUGUUAGUCGCUGAAGGUUUUCAAGAUGCUCGAGUUCUCGCAAGAAAAUUCAUUACCUUAUACACUCUUUGCAAAGAAUUACUCUCAAAACAAGAUCACUAUGAUUGGGGCUUGAGAGCCAUCAAAUCUGUUCUCGUAGUAGCUGGAAGCUUGAAACGCGGUGAUCCAGGCCGCCCAGAAGAAGAAGUUUUGAUGCGAGCCCUUCGUGACUUCAAUAUUCCGAAAGUGGUGUCUGAUGAUUUGCCGGUUUUCAUGGGUCUAAUUGCUGAUCUUUUUCCUGCUCUCGAUGUGCCACGAAAAAGAGAUAUUGAAUUCGAGAAAACUGUGAAAGCAGCUGCUACAGACUUAUUUUUGCAACCAGAAGAUGGUUUUAUACUGAAAGUGGUUCAAUUGGAAGAGCUAUUAGAGGUCAGACAUUCUGUUUUCAUCGUGGGUUCAGCUGGUUGCGGCAAAACCCAAGUUUGGAAAACGCUAUUUCGGACCUAUCAGAAUAUUAAAAGGAAACCGAUAUUUAAUGAUCUGAACCCAAAAGCUGUAACAAAUGAUGAAUUGUUUGGUAUCAUUAAUCCUGCGACUCGAGAGUGGAAAGAUGGUUUGUUUUCCGUAUUGAUGCGAGAUCAAGCCAAUCUCGGGGGUGAUAAUCCAAAAUGGAUUGUAUUGGAUGGCGAUAUAGAUCCAAUGUGGAUCGAGUCUUUGAAUACGGUCAUGGACGAUAAUAAAGUUUUAACUUUGGCGAGCAAUGAAAGAAUUGCAUUGACACCAUCAAUGAGAUUAGUUUUUGAAAUUUCAAAUCUGCGAACUGCAACGCCGGCAACGGUCUCGCGUGCAGGUAUUUUGUACAUUAAUCCUCAAGAUUUAGGCUGGAAUCCUUACGUCACCAGUUGGAUCGAAACAAGAAGUUCGCCUUCUGAAAAAUCAAAUUUGGUCAUCCUCUUUGAUCGAUAUAUUCCUAUUUGUUUAGAAACAGUCAAAGUGAGAUUCAAGAAAAUUACACCCAUUGCCAACAUGGCACAUAUAGAAAUGCUUUGCCAUCUUUUAACUUGUUUGUUGACUCCGGAGCUGACCAUGAAUGAAUUCUCCAAAGAUCACUACGAGAUCUAUUUUGUUUUCGCGGCAGUUUGGGCAUUUGGUUCCGCAAUGUUUCAAGAUCAAACCAUCGACCAUCGCGUUGAAUUUAGCAAGUGGUGGUGUAAUGAGUUCAAGCAAAUUAAAUUCCCGGCUCAAGGAACGGUUUUCGAUUACUAUAUUGAUCCUGAAACUAAAAAUUUUCUUCCAUGGACGGAACGUUUGCCGAAAUUUGAACUGGAUGCUGAUUUACCUUUACAGGCAGUUUUAGUUCACACGGCUGAGUCAAUUCGUAUCCGUUACUUUCUAGAUUUAUUAAUGGAAAAAAAAUUUCCGGUAAUGCUGGUGGGACCCGCAGGUAGCGGCAAAACUGUAUCAGUAGCUGAGAAACUCCUUCAACUACCUGAAAAUUUUACCGUGACAAAUGUACCUUUCAAUUUUUACACGUCAUCCGAAAUGCUCCAAAAAAUUUUAGAAAAGCCAUUGGAGAAAAAAGCUGGCCGAAAUUACGGCCCACCCGGAAAUAAAACAAUGAUUUAUUUUAUCGACGACAUGAACAUGCCAGAAGUUGACGCUUACGGUACUGUUCAACCACAUACGUUGAUAAGGCAACACUUGGAUUACAAUCACUGGUACGAUAGAACAAAACUUACUUUGAAAGACAUUCACAAUUGUCAAUAUGUGAGUUGCAUGAAUCCUACAGCUGGUUCAUUUACGAUCAAUCCAAGACUGCAGAGACACUUUGCAGUUUUUGCUGUCAGUUUUCCCAAUUCAGAAUCUCUUACUACUAUUUAUGCAUCGAUACUUUCUCAACAUUUAGCGAACGUUGAACACAGAUUUCCACUGAUCAUCACCGAAAUCUGUGGUCCCAUUGUCCAAGCUUCAUUGCAAUUACACCACAGAUGUGCCCAAGUUUUCUUACCAACGGCGACAAAAUUCCACUACAUUUUUAAUCUAAGGGAUUUAUCCAAUUGUUUUCAAGGGCUACUUUUCAGUGGUAACGAAUGUCUUCAAAUUCCAUCGGAUUUUGUGAGACUGUGGAUGCACGAGACUCAUCGAGUAUACGGUGACAAAUUGACCGAUGAAAAAGAUAUCGAAUCUUUCACUAAGUUUCAAGUAGAUAUUCUGAAGAAAAACGUCGAAGAAAUCGAUGAAAGUGCUAUUUUCGAAAAACCAAAUAUUUAUUGUCAUUUUGCAGGUGGAGUGGGCGAACCCAAAUACAUGCCCGUAAAAGAUUGGCCCAGCUUGCAUCGAUUACUGACGGAAGCUCUGGUGAGCUACAAUGAUUUAGUCUCGGCAAUGAAUUUGGUAUUAUUCGAAGAUGCCAUGAUGCACGUGUGUCGAAUAAAUCGAAUACUAGAGUCACCUCGAGGAAGCGCAUUACUCGUGGGAGUCGGAGGUUCUGGCAAGCAGAGUCUCGCGCGUUUGGCUGCCUUUAUUAGCUCCUUGGAAGUCUUUCAAAUUCAACUGCGUAAGGGUUACGGCAUAUCAGAUUUGAAAUUAGAACUUGCCGCUCUGUAUUCCAAAUCUGGUCUGAAGAACAUCGGAAUUAUGUUUUUAAUGACAGAUGCACAAGUACCGAACGAGCAUUUUUUGGUCUUGAUCAACGAUAUGCUCGCUUCAGGAGAAAUCCCUGAUUUAUUUCCAGAGGACGAAGUUGAAAAUAUAAUUGCCAGCGUUCGAAAUGAAGUAAAAGGAGCUGGUAUCUUGGACACUCGAGAAAACUGCUGGAAAUUCUUCAUUGACCGAGUGCGUCGUCAACUUCGAAUCGUACUCUGUUUCUCGCCUGUUGGGUCGACUUUGCGCGUUCGAUCUCGUAAAUUUCCAGCUAUCAUCAAUUGCACUGCGAUCAAUUGGUUCCAUGAAUGGCCACAAGAGGCGCUCAUGUCGGUCUCCAAAAGAUUCUUACAAGAACUCGUGGAAUUGCCUGAAACAUACCUGGAAUCUGUGGCGAAAUUUAUGGCUCAUGCACACACAACAGUUAAUUCAGCGAGCAAACAAUAUUUGGCCAGUGAAAGACGAUACAACUAUACCACACCGAAAUCUUUUCUGGAGCAAAUCAGUUUGUACACCAAAUUACUUCGAAAUAAAUCGAAAGAGCUUAAAGGCAGAGUAGAAAGACUGGAAAAUGGCUUGGCGAAAUUGAGAUCCACCGCUGUUCAAGUUGAUGAUUUGAAGAAAAAAUUAGCCGUUCAAGAGAUAGAACUGCAACAGAAGAACGAAGCAGCUGACACCCUGAUUGCUAUAGUCGGCGUAGAAACAGAGAAGGUUCAAAAAGAAAAAGCUUUAGCCGAUGAGGAAGAGGCAAAAGUAGCCAUGAUUGCUGAAGAGGUAUCGAAAAAACAAAAAGACUGUGAAGCUGAUUUAUUGAAAGCAGAACCAGCUUUGGUUGCAGCUCAAGAGGCUCUGAAUACUUUGAAUAAAGCAAAUUUGACUGAAUUAAAAUCGUUCGGCUCACCACCGGGUGUUGUGACCAACGUCACGGCCGCUGUGAUGGUUCUGCUAGCUCCCAAUGGAAAAAUUCCCAAAGAUCGAAGCUGGAAAGCGGCCAAGAUAACAAUGGCCAAAGUCGAUGCUUUCCUCGAUGCAUUAAUCAAUUACGAUAAGGAGAAUAUUCAUCCGGAAGUCAUAAAAUCGAUUCAACCUUAUUUAAAGGAUUCCGAGUUCGAGCCUGAUUUCGUGAAAACGAAAUCAGCCGCUGCCGCAGGUUUGUGCGCGUGGGUUAUUAAUAUAAUCAAAUUUUACGAAGUGUUUUGCGACGUCGAACCGAAACGCAAAGCUUUAGCACAGGCUAAUGCCGAAUUGGCCGCGGCUCAGGAAAAAUUGGCUGGUAUCAAGAGGAAAGUUGCGUCACUAGAGGAUCAAUUGGCUAAAUUGACAGCUGACUUCGAGCAGGCCACAGCGGAAAAGUUAAAAUGUCAGCAAGAAGCAGAUGCGACCAAUGCGACGAUUGCUUUGGCUAAUCGUCUAGUCGGAGGCUUGGCAUCUGAAAACGUUCGAUGGGCCGAUUCAGUGGCAAAUCUCAUGCAGCAAGCAUCGACGCUCCCUGGUGAUGUGCUAUUAGUCACUGCUUUCAUCUCGUACGUCGGCUGCUUCACCAAACAAUUCCGACUCGAUCUCGUGAACAAGCAGUGGCUGAAUUUUUUACGCACCGUCGAGCCAAUCGUACCUAUCACUGAUGGUCUCGAUCCUUUGACAUUAUUGACCGACGACACACAGAUUGCCAAAUGGAAUAACGAAGGGUUGCCGAACGAUCGGAUGUCUACUGAAAAUGCCACUAUUUUGACUAAUUCGGAUCGGUGGCCGUUGAUGAUCGAUCCACAACUUCAAGGAAUCAAAUGGAUAAAACAAAAGUACGGAGACACUUUGAACGUUAUUCGUCUCGGUCAACGAGGCUAUUUGGAUGUUAUCGAGCAGUCAUUGGCAGCCGGCGCGAUAGUCCUCAUAGAAAACAUUGGCGAGCACGUCGAUCCAGUGCUCGACUCUCUGCUCGGACGUAAUCUCAUAAAAAAAGGCAAAGCUCUGAAGAUCGGGGACAAAGAAGUCGAGUACAAUUCGAAUUUCCGAUUAAUUCUGCACACAAAACUGGCGAAUCCUCAUUACAAACCGGAGAUGCAGGCUCAGACGACUUUGAUUAAUUUCACCGUAACUCGAGAUGGCUUGGAGGAUCAGCUGCUGGCAGAGGUCGUCAAAGCUGAACGGCCGGAUCUCGAAGAGUUGAAGGCGGAUUUGACUAGACAACAGAAUGACUUCAAGAUUACCUUAAAUAGCCUUGAAGACUCAUUACUAUCUAAGCUAUCAUCAGCAGGAGCCAACGUACUGGGUGACACGGCGCUCGUGGAAAAUCUCGAGACGACUAAGAAAACGGCCGCCGAGAUAGAGUGCAAAGUGACGGAGGCCAGGGAGACGUCGAAAGAGAUCGACACGGCGCGCGAGUUUUACCGUCCGGCUGCAGCGCGCGCCUCCCUGCUUUACUUCAUCCUCAACGACUUGAACACCAUCAAUCCGAUCUAUCAGUUCUCCCUGAAAGCCUUCAGCGUCGUGUUCCAGAAGGCCGUGCUGAAGGCCGUGCCGGCGGCCGACGUCGCGGGCCGCGUGACCAAUCUCAUCGAGUGCAUCACCUACUCGGUCUUCAUGUACACGAGCCGGGGCCUCUUCGAGUGCGACAAGCUCAUCUUCGCCUCGCAGAUGGCCUUCCAGGUGCUGCUCGCGCGCGAGGAGAUCAACGUCGUGGAGUUGGACUUUCUGCUGCGCUUUCCCAUCACGCCUCACGUUACCUCGCCCGUCGAUUUUCUCACCAACACCAGCUGGGGAGGCAUACGCAGCUUGGCUUCAAGAGACGAGUUCAGGAACUUGGAUCGGGACAUCGAAACGUCGUCGAAGCGUUGGAAAAAGCUCGUCGAGUGCGAGUGCCCGGAGCGCGAGAAAUUCCCUCAAGAGUGGAAAAACAAGUCAGCCAUACAGAGAUUGUGCAUGCUGAGAGCUCUGCGCCCCGAUCGAAUGACUUAUGCCAUCGCCGCUUUCAUCGAGGAAAAGCUGGGGCCGCGCUACGUCGAAAGCCGCACGGUCGAAUUCGCCAAAUCCUUCGAGGAAACCAGCCCAUCGACGCCGAUUUUUUUUAUACUUUCACCUGGAGUCAAUCCUCUGAAGGAUGUGGAGGAUUUGGGUCGACGAUUAGGAUUCACAUCGGAUGCACAAAAUUUCCACAACGUUUCGUUAGGACAAGGACAAGAAAGUGUGGCCGAACAGGCGAUGGACGUGGCAUCUAAAAAAGGCCACUGGGUCGUGUUGCAAAACAUACAUCUGGUGAAAAAAUGGCUGCCGCUGCUGGAGAAAAAGUUAGAAGUCGCAUCCGAGGGCUCGCACGAAGAUUAUCGAGUUUUCAUGAGCGCCGAACCUGCCAGUACACCAGCAGGCCACAUUAUACCCCAGGGUAUUCUUGAAUCGUCGAUAAAAAUCACGAACGAGCCGCCCACGGGCAUGCAGGCGAAUUUGCACAAAGCUCUGGAUAACUUCACGCAAGAAACUCUGGAGAUGUGCAGCAAGGAGGCCGAGUUUAAAGUAAUACUAUUUUCGCUCUGCUACUUUCACGCCGUCGUGGCAGAGCGACGAAAAUUCGGACCCCAGGGCUGGAAUAAAAUAUACCCCUUCAACGUGGGUGAUUUGAACAUAAGCGUGCACGUUUUGCACAACUAUCUGGAGGCGAGCGCCAAGAUCCCCUGGGAGGACCUGCGAUAUCUUUUCGGCGAAAUAAUGUACGGAGGUCAUAUUACGGACGACUGGGAUCGACGACUGUGCGUGUCUUACUUGGAGGAGCUCAUGCAGCCGGAUCUCGUUGACGGGGAGCUUCAGCUCGCGCCGGGCUUCCUCGCCCCACCCAACACGGAUAUGGUCGGCUUUCAUACGUACAUCGACGAGGCUCUACCCGCCGAAUCUCCGUAUCUGUAUGGCUUGCAUCCGAACGCCGAGGUCGGUUUCUUGACCACGAGCUCGGAAAAUCUAUUCAGGACCGUCUUCGAGAUGCAGCCCAGAGACGCGGGCAGCUCGGGCGGCCAAACCGUCACUAGGGAGGACAAAGUCAAACAGAUCCUCGACGAGAUCCUGGAAAAAUUGCCCGAGGAGUUCAACAUGGUCGAGAUAAUGGGCAAAGUGGAGGAACGCACGCCCUACGUGAUCGUGGCCUUUCAGGAGUGCGAGCGCAUGAACUAUUUAACGAACGAAAUCAAGCGAUCGCUGCGCGAACUGGAUCUCGGUUUGAAGGGCGAGUUGACCAUCACCUCGGACAUGGAGGACCUGGAGACUGCCCUAUUUCUCGAUCAAAUCCCUCAAACUUGGACUCAGCGAGCUUACCCGUCGCUGCUGGGCUUGACCGCUUGGUUCGUCGAUUUGCUGCUCAGAAUUCGCGAAUUAGAGAGCUGGUCGACAGACUUUGUCUUGCCUGCAUCGGUGUGGCUGGCCGGGUUUUUUAAUCCGCAGUCGUUGUUAACGGCCAUUAUGCAAUCAACGGCUCGCAGGCACGAGCUACCUCUCGACAAAAUGUGUCUACAGUGCGACGUCACGAAGAAAAAUAAAGAAGAAUUUACAACGGCACCUCGCGACGGAGCUUACGUACACGGCAUAUUCAUGGAAGGAGCUAGAUGGGACGUCUCAGCCGGUAUAAUAGUCGACUCGCGACCGAAGGAGCUGUUUCCCGCGAUGCCGGUCAUCAAUAUACGUGCCAUAACCCAAGACAAGCAGGAUUUGCGUAACAUGUACGAGUGUCCAGUUUACAAGACUCGAACCCGUGGCCCGACUUACGUUUGGACCUUCAAUUUAAAGACUAAAGACAAGUCGGCCAAGUGGACCUUGGCCGGUGUAGCUUUGCUUCUGCAGACUUGA